CUCUCCGAUUUCUCAAACUAAAACCCCCAUUUCUCUAUGCUUUUUCUUCUUCCUCUGUAAUCGCCAAGUUCCUCUGAAAUGGCUGGAAAGUCAAGCAAAGGAAGGAGCAGAAGAGGUUCGCAUAAUAAUAAUACCAAGAACAAUAACAAUGGUUCAGAACACAUUCCAGCAAAAGCAAAGGACAAUAAAGAAGAGGUAAAAGUGGUUGAAGCAGCUGAUGAAACGCCAAAUGCAGAGACAGAACAAAAACAAGGUGAUCUUCUCCUUUACUCUGUCUCUGUUAAAACGCAAACUGGGGACAAGCUCGACCUAAAGUUGAGCCCUGGAGACACUGUAAUGGAAGUAAGACAGCUCCUUCUUGAUACUCCGGACACGUGUUAUAUCACGUGCUAUCAUUUGUUCUUACACACAAAGGAUGGAUCCUCUCAUCACCUGGAAGAUUACAGCACAAUUUCAGAUGUAGCUGACAUUACCACUGGUGGUUGUUCCUUGGAAAUGGUUCCUGCAUUGUAUGAUGAUAGAACCAUGAGGGCUCAUGUUCAUCAUACGAGAGAGUUGCUUUCCCUUUCGGACCUUCAUGCUUCCUUGUCCACCUCACUUGCCCCGCCGAAUGAGGUAGCACAGAAUAAAGCUGCAAAUUCUGGAGAUACAUUGAAAACUGAGGUUCCGGAGCUUGAUGGACUUGGUUAUAUGGAUGAUGUCUCUGAUUCAUUGGGUAAUUUGCUAGCGUCCCCGCUGAAAGAGGUUAAGUGCAUGGAGAGCAUAGUGUUUUCGUCUUUUAAUCCUCCUCCAAGCUAUAGAAGGCUUGUUGGAGAUUUGCUUUAUUUAGAUGUGAUAACUCUGGAGGGUAAUAAACUUUGUAUAACGGGAAGUACAAGGAUGUUUUAUGUCAACUCCAGCACGGAAAAUACUUUUGACUCGAGGCCAAGCAAAGCUACUUUUGAAGCAACAACUCUUGUUUCUCUCUUACAAAUGAUUAGCCCCAAGUUCAAAAAAGCUUUCCGGGAAAUUUUGGAGCAGAGAGCUGCUGCCCAUCCUUUUGAAAAUGUGCAGUCUGUGUUGUCACCUAAUUCAUGGCUUGGAUUAUACCCAGCUCCUGACCACAGAAGAGACUCUGCUAGGUCUGAGAAUUCCUUGACUCUUCUAUAUGGAAGUGAGCCAAUUGGAAUGCAAAGAGAUUGGAAUGAAGAGCUGCAAUCUUGUCGAGAAUUUCCUCAUACAAGUCCACAGGAGAGGAUUGUGCAGCAUAGGGCACUUUAUAAAGUGACAUCAGACUUUGUUGAUGCAGCUAUUAAUGGUGCUAUUGGAGUGAUUAGCGGCUGCAUUUCUCCAAUAAACCCAACCGACCCUGAAUGUUUUCACAUAUACGUGCACAACAAUAUAUUCUUUAGUUUUGCUGUUGAUGCUGACCUUAAGCAGCUGUCAAAGAAAACUACAGAUGCUAAUUCAAAAACAUGGAGCACAGGCACUCUGCACUGUUCUUCUGAAAAAUCUUCAGACUUACAUGUUCCCAAUGGGGGGGAAAAUAAUGAUAUUCCUCCUGAAGCACAUCUUGCUGAGAGUGAGCAGACCACAUAUGCUUCUGCAAAUAAUGAAUUGAAGGGCACAAAGGCUUACCAGGAAGUUGAUGUCCCAGGACUUUAUAAUCUUGCUAUGGCUAUAAUUGACUACAGGGGUCACAGAGUGGUAGCUCAGAGUGUCUUACCAGGCAUUCUUCAAGGGGACAAGAUGGACUCCGUCCUGUAUGGCUCUGUUGAUAAGGGAAAGAAAAUUUGCUGGAAUGAAGAUUUUCAUUCUAAGGUAUCCGAGGCUGCCAAACGCCUUCAUUUGAAGGAGCACUCAGUCAUGGAUGGAUCUGGAAACGUUUUCAAAUUAGCUGCACCAGUGGAAAGCAAGGGCAUUGUUGGCAGUGACGACAGGCAUUAUCUGCUAGAGUUGUUGAGGGUAACUCCCCGGGAUGCAAACUAUACUGAACCUGAUUCUCAAUUUUGUAUCUUAAGAGCAGAAUUAAUUGAUGCCUUCUGCCAGGCUGAAGCAGUUAAAUCAAAAUCCAAGGAGACUAAUUCUGAGGGGACAAAUAAAUUGGCAACUGAUUCUCAAAAUGUUGCUGAUGCUGACAAGCCGGCCGAAGCAGUUAAAUCAAAAUCCAAGGAGACUAAUUCUGAGGGGAAAAAUAACUUGGCAACUGAUUCUCAAAAUGUUGAUGAUGCUGACAAGCCUGAUUUGACAAAGGAAAAGAAAACGGAGGAUGCCAAAGAACUUUCUUCUGCAUCUGCAGAAGGCUCUGAUCAUUAUGAUGAAAUAGUGUUUAACCCAAAUGUUUUCACUGAAUUCAAACUAGCUGGGAGCCCAGAGGAAAUAGCUGCGGAUGAAAACAAUGUGAGAAAAGUUAGUCUAUAUCUUACUGAUGUUGUGAUUCCAAAGUUUAUACAAGAUCUAUGCACACUUGAGGUUUCACCUAUGGACGGUCAAACAUUAAUAGAAGCACUCCAUGCUCAUGGAAUUAAUGUUCGCUAUAUUGGCAAAGUGGCUGGUGGGACUAAACAUCUAUCUCAUCUGUGGGAUCUUUGUACUAAUGAGAUUGUUGUCAGAUCUUCCAAGCACAUUAUCAAGGAUGUAUUGAGAGACACUGCGGACCAUGAUCUUGCUCCGGCAAUAUCUCAUUUGUUGAACUGCUUAUUUGGAAGUUGUCAAGCUCCUGGUGCAAAAGUAAUUGCUAAUGGCACCCAGUCUGGAACUCCUAAAAAGUCUCCAGGUAAGCAUUCCAAAAGGCAAGCACGAUGGAAAGACAGGGCUUCUUUAAGAAAGAGUCAACCUUUGUAUAUUAAUAUUAACUCUGAAGCUCUUUGGUCUGACAUUCAAGAAUUUGCAAUGAUCAAAUACAAGUUUGAGUUGCCUGAGGAUGCAAGGUCACGUGUGAAGAAAAUUUCUGUUAUGCGUAAUUUGUGUCAGAAGGUUGGUAUAACCAUUGCAGCUCGUAAAUAUGAUCUUAAUUCUACAACACCCUUCCAAACAUCAGAUGUCUUGGAUCUCCGUCCAGUUGUCAAGCAUUCAGUUCCUGUUUGUUCAGAAGCCAGGGAACUUGUGGAAAUAGGGAAACUUCAAUUGGCUGAGGGCCUGCUCGGUGAAGCCUACACUUUAUUUUCAGAGGCAUUCUCAAUUCUACAACAGGUUACUGGUCCAAUGCAUCGGGAGGUUGCUAAUUGCUGUCGGUAUCUUGCCAUGGUUUUGUUUCACGCUGGAGACUUGGCUGGGGCUAUUACUCAACAACAUAAAGAGUUAAUUAUAAAUGAACGUUGUCUUGGUUUAGAUCAUCCCGACACUGCUCACAGUUAUGGCAAUAUGGCUCUGUUCUAUCAUGGACUUAACCAAACAGAACUUGCCCUUCGCUACAUGUCCCGUGCUUUGCAGCUAUUAAGUUUGUCAUCAGGCCCUGAUCAUCCUGAUGUUGCAGCGACUUUUAUAAAUGUUGCGAUGAUGUAUCAGGAUAUUGGAAAGAUGAACAUAGCUCUUCGUUAUCUGCAAGAAGCUUUAAAGAAGAACGAAAGGCUUCUUGGUGAGGAACAUAUUCAAACUGCCGUUUGUUAUCAUGCUCUUGCUAUUGCAUUUAACUGUAUGGGUGCUUUCAAGCUCUCUUACCAGCAUGAGAAGAAAACAUAUGAUAUACUUGUCAAACAACUCGGCGAAGAUGAUUCAAGGUCAAGAGACUCACAAAACUGGAUGAAAACAUUUAAGAAACGUGAACUACAGAUGAAUGCUCAAAAGCAAAAGGGUCAAGCUCUGAACGCAGCAUCUGCUCAGAAGGCUAUUGAUAUCUUGAAGGCACGUCCUGAUUUGAUACAUGCAUUUCAAGCUGCUGCAGCUGCUGGGGGAUCUGGAAGUUCAGGUGCAUCUGCAAACAAAUCCCUCAAUGCUGCAAUAAUUGGUGAGACUCUUCCCAGAGGAAGGGGAAUUGAUGAAAGGGCGGCACGUGCAGCUGCUGAUGUCAGGAAAAAGGCUGCAGCAAGGGGCCUCUUAGUACAUCCUCAUGGUGUCCCAGUGCAAACAUUGUCUCCCCUUACUCAGCUUCUCAAUAUUAUAAAUUCAGGUGUGACUCCAGAUGCUGCGGGCAAUGGGGAUGCAGAUGCAGUAGAAAAGGAAGACAAUGGCCUUCCUUCAAAUGAUCCAUCUGAUACCAAAGAAGAACAAUCAAUGCCUGUCCAAGAACAUGCUCCAGUUGGAUUGGGCAAAGGGUUGGCAUCAUUGGAUGCUAAGAAACAAAAAUCAAUACCAAAAGCUGGGGCCUGAAUUUUUCUCUGGCCAGUUGGCAACGGUGGAUUUAUUUAAGAUCAUAAAUUCUUUUUCAGAUGGUUAGAUUGAUCAGGUACUCUGCUCAGCUUUUGAAGAGUAUUGAGUAGCGGUUACAAAUAAUUUUUCUUUUUCUUUUUCUCCUCUUUCCCAAUAGGUUGGUGGAUGUUAAACAUCCCUAGUGAAUGCAAGAGAUUGUGAUACAAGUAUAGUUGUUUUUACAUCCAGCAAAUCACAGUUAAUCUCACAAUAAACUAUAUAUUGAGGAAUUUUGGGAUAAUAACUCGCAUUUUAAUAUAUUAUCCGUUAAGGAGUCUAACUGCGAGUUGAAUUGGGGCAAAUGCAGUGCAUAUUACAAUUUGUGUAAGUCUUUGCCGCAGCUUUUG